CGUCUACGUGCCAUACACCAGCCUGCACAAGCGCGCAUACACCUAUCAGGUGAUGCAGAUGCAGACAGGCGCCUCCACAGGCCCCACGCACCUCGCCUAAAUCUCGCGCGAGGCGAAUAGGAUGCAUCCCGGACGUCAGCUAUAAAGUCCAACCAGGGCACUGAUAGCCGGGGUUGUUGUCAUCGGCACACCGCAGCAGCAACACCACCAGCACAAUGACCACAUCCGAAGGCAAGGUCUACGACAAGACCCACGAGAACAACAUCAACCGCGAGCCCCAGAAGGGCCGGUACGACGUCAAGACGAUCCGCGAGAUCAUCGAGCAGUCACACUUUGUCAACGUCGCGUUUGUCGACCUCGACGGGAACCCUCAAUGCAUCCCCAUGAUCUCUGCCAUCUUCGAGGACGCGAACGGCGACCUAACCGUCUACCUGCACGGGUACCACAAGGCGCGGCUCGUCAAGCUCCUGCCGCCCGAGAGCAGGGUGUGCAUCACGGCGACGCUGCUCGACGGAAUCGGCCUCGCGCUCUCCGCGUUCCACCACACGAUGAACCACCGCUCGGCGGUGCUCCACGGCGUCGUGGAGGACUGGGACGAGACGACGCCCACCGCGGCCGAGGCGAAAUGGGAGGCGGCGCGGCAGAUCGUCAACGCCGUCGUGCCGGGCAGAUGGGAGCACUGCCGCGAGCCGAACAAGGCCGAGAUGACGACCACGGGGUUCUUGAAGAUCCGCGUGUUGAGCGCUAGCGCCAAGGUGCGCUCUGGGCAGCCGGGCGAGGAGAGGAAGGAUGUGGAGGAUAAGGACCUCCUGGGGAAGACGUGGGCGGGCAUCAUCCCGACCCGCCUCGCGUACGGCACGCCCCAGCCGUCAGACUUCAACGUCGCGCCCGUGCCGGAGCACAUUAGCGCGUACCUCGCCGACAGCAGCGUCGCGCCGGGCAACUAGAGGAGGGUGGGGCAUGUACAUA